AUGGGCGCAUCGGAGAAGACGGCGGCUGGUGUAUCAACGCUACCUCUUCUUCCCCAAGACAUUCUCGUGGAGAUCCUCUCCAAGCUCCAUGCUAAAUCGCUAGUACGAUUCAGGUGCCUUUCUAAAUUCUUUUACGCUCUCACAGUUGAUCAUGCCUUUGGCGUUAUGCAUCGCAGCUUGUCCUUGACGCUUCCCAGUAGAGCGGGCAUCCUCAUCUCUAUCUCCUCAUCCCGUUCCUCCCCUGCGUAUUACACCAUAAAUUUCAGCGAACAAAACCCGCGGAGGCCGGGAAUGCUCCAAGCCAACCGUCUCGCCUACUUGGACGCUGAACCCUUUCUGAAAGGCUCUCUACGCUCCUCUUUCGACGGCCUGAUUUGUCUGUCCACACCCAAUGGAGACGUCGUUGUUUGCAACGUUAGUACGGGACAACGUAUUUCGCUUCCUAGAAUCCAAUUCCACUCCCCCCAUCCACCAUCAACCCGUGCACUAUUGGAAUUCGAUUCACAAUCUAAAAGAUACAAAAUUUUGAUGUCAACCUGGAUGUUUGAUCAAGUCUUAGAGUUUAAGUAUUGGAUUUUGACUGUGGGAGCGGAUAAAUCAUGGAGGGAGAUCAACUUCUCCUCUUCCCACCCCUUCUCCCCCCUUGAUUCCUAUCCCUACCCUAGCUACUGUGAUAAUAGUGUCUACAUUGAAGGCAUUAUUUAUUUCUAUAAUUGGCUGGCAAAAGAUGACUAUACCCGCUUCCACAUAGUAGCAUUUGAAUUUGGGUCUGAGAGUUAUUCUUUGAUACCAUUUCCAGCUGAAGUUUCAUCAUCGUCAUCACAGUAUGACCCUUCUAAUUAUGUUCUCGGAAGUUUUGGAUUGCUACAAGUUGAUGGAGGUCGACUGGCUAUUGUUCUUGUUCACAAAAGAGGGGGCCAAUUCUACAUGGAUGUUUCGACUUGGGAGAAAUCUAAGGAAUGCUGGGAGAAGAUUACUAUGAUCAUUCCAUUGGAAAAGAGUAGAGCAAUUCAGCAAUCUGUGCGCUAUACUACCAAUCAUGUUGGGGAGAUUGUGUUGCUAUGUAAGAAUAGUGAACGGUUUUCCAUUUUGGUUUAUAACUUGAAAAGUGAGGUUUGGAGACAAUUUGAUGUAGGUGGAGUUGAAUUUCCAUUUGUUUGCCAUACGGAUGUUAGAAUGUACCGGACUAGGGACAAUGUGCUUUCUUUGGAGUAG